AUGGUCGUGACAGUCUUCCGUCCCAUGGAAAAGAAAUAUGCCACCAAUGGCUGGCGUGUUCGUUUAAUGCUCGAAGAAAAAGCUGUCAAAUAUGAAACCCGUCUUGUGAUUCUCGAACACAGAGAACAUUUAAAUGAAGAAAUUAGAAAAUUAAGUUAUAGAGGUGAAUUACCACUCUUUGAAGACUUUUCUGGAUCAGUCCGAGAAGAAACAGCCAUGUUAAAUUAUAUUGAAAAAAACUAUCCAGAACCUCCUCUCAUUCCGUCUCCAGAAAAAGAUCGUGCCUUCUAUGGAAAGAUUUUGAGUUGGUUCCAUGAAGCGAAUGGAGCAUUUGCUCAAACUUGUAAAGACAUGAUCAAUACGUUUAUUGAAUUGGAAGAAAAGAAUAUCACUUCACACAAGAAACUUCCAAAAGAAAUGAAAGAUUACAAAACUUUGGUUCAAUAUUGGAAACAAAAAAUUGAAAGUGAAAUGGUCAUUUGGGAGAAUCGAUUGGGAAAUGAAAUGACAUAUUUUAAUGAUUCAGAUCGUCCUUCCAUUGUUGACGUUUCAUUAUUUCCAUAUUAUUAUCAAAUUGUGAGAUAUGGAUUGAAUGAACAAAAUCUUCCAAAACUUAAAAAGUGGAGAGAAAGAAUGGAGGAAAGAGAAAGUGUGAAGAGAACAAGUCCAACUGGAUGGCAAGUUCAUCCAUUCUUGUUGAAAUUUUAA